AUGACGGAAGGGCUUUUCACCUCUGAGCUUGGGAUCCGAGGAGACAAUUCAGCUGGCAAGGGCAGGGCCACCCGGACCAUCUCCUUGACAGAUUUCCAAAGAAGGGACAUAUACGGCCAAUACCAGCAUAUACCCCGGCCUGUUCUGCCACGGAGAAACGCCGGGAUAUACUUAGCCCCCAGGGCGCCUGAUCCCACCGUCACAUCCAGUGUUGUUGAGAUCAACGUCAAUGAUGGAACCUCAACCUCCAAGGUCACCGAAGUUCCUGCUGCAACGACGGGUAAUGUGCUGUCGUUGUCAGAUGUGGGAUCUGUGACUGUACCCGGAUCGACAGGUGCUAGCAGUGUGGUCGGUUCCAGCAUCUCUGAUUCGUCCCAAGAAACUCUCACCACGCCUCCACCAACCCCUUCACCAUCCGACUACAUUGGGAGCACCACAGACCUGAGUUCGACUGCAUCUGUCUUUUCUGGGGCGCUGAACGGCACCGCCGUCCUUUCUGAUGCCACGUCCAGCCAGCAAACCGCAACAGUCACGGCGACGUCCACCUUUGAGGUGUCGUACGUCAAUGGCACUAUCAUUGCGGGCGGAUCUACCUCUUACCUCUCUAGCAUAGAGACGAGCACCGUCCACGUCACAGAGAGCACCUCCAGUAGUGACUCCGCCACCUUUACAUUCGGUGACCCAGUGACCACUUCGUCCUCCUUCAUUGGAAGUUCCACAACCAUAACCGACAGCACUGGUGGUUUCUUGGGGUCUCCCACCGCUGUUGCGGGCUCUGGAGCACCGGGAUCAGCAACAACAUCAUCCAGAUCUGCAGCAACAUCGGGCUCUGUGUCUGGAUCUGGGUCCGGUUCUGGGUCGGGAGGAGGUAGCCCAGGCCUUACCCCAACACAGCAACAAGUGGUGGGAGGUGUCGUCGGAGGCGUAGCUGGUGUGGCGGUCGUUCUGAUCAUCUUGCUGGUUGUUCUUCGCUGGUAUCGCCGGCGACUCAAGGCCCGUGGCGAGCUUCCGGAACAGCGAGCCGCACGAGAACUUACCGGGAACGGUGGCAACGCAUAUCCUAUGUCGCAGCGAUCGUCUACAGUGCCCAUUGCUGCAGCCGUCACCAACAGUCUCAAACGCCUCCGGCCCCACAGCAACCAAAACUUCGGAACCACCGCAACUGGAAUGGCCGAGCCUAGCAUCAGGAACUCGGAGCGGGGUUUUCAACGCAUUGCCGGUCGCAAAAUCCCCCCCGUACUCAGCAGUGGCGGGGACCCUUAUGGAGGCAACUAUGGUGCGUUCGAAAAGGAUGCUACGGCCGGGCCUUCGGAUCCAUUGAACAACAACGAAAGAGGUCUUUCGGGGGCAUCGUUCUAUCGUGACAGCGACGGAGUCUAUGGAGGCAAAGGAACCCAUUCGCCCACAUUUCCUCCUUCGCCAAUCACUGCAGCAACGGGUGGUUAUAGAGGGGAGGCGGAUAUGUAUGGUGGCAUCGGAUCUAGCACGAGAGACUUUGCCCAGCCACGAGACAUGUCCGACCACAAUGCCAGUUCGUUAUCCCUGACCACCCCGAGCCGACCGGAAGGGUUUGCAGUGAUGCGACCCAGCCCGGCUCGAACUCCAGUCACGCUCAGUCCUGCCGCCAGUUCGAUUCGUUUGCCGAUCCAACAACCACCGACCAUGGCCGAGGACGUACCUCCACUCCCCAACGGCGGACUCAUGCCUGGACCGAUGCAAAGAGACGGACUGGGCAGAAGUCUCGCCAGCCAAGAUGGCAGUCGGGUCAGCCGAAGCAGUGGACGCAGUGGUGGCCGAUUUAUGGAAAACAUGUGA